CCCUCCUCCCUGGGGAGGAGCCCGUGCUAGUAACGGCGCCGCCAAUGGUUGAGAGAGCUGGAGUCCCUGGUAACGGAGGAGCCGGGCUUGUGCGUUCGAGGCAUGUGGAGCUGUGGGGGGCGCCGGCGCCGGCGGCUCUUGGGGGGCCUCUUCUUGGUGGUGCUGGCGAUCGUCGUCCUGGGCAGGUUCAACUGGAGUGGUCUGAUCCCCAUGCGCUUGAGGGGCAGGGUGUUGGGCUUGGAGGCCUAUGACUCUCAGUUCCUGCUGGAGGGCAACAGCUUUCGCAUCUUUGGAGGCUCAGUCCACUACUUCCGCGUCCCCCGGGAAUACUGGAAAGACCGCUUGAUCAAGAUGAAGGCGUGUGGCUUGAACACCCUCACAACGUAUGUACCAUGGAAUCUUCACGAGCCGGUAAGAGGGACAUUUGACUUCAGCGGAAACCUGGAUCUGAAGGCUUUCAUAAGGACAGCUGAAAAAGUCGGGCUAUGGGUGAUUCUGCGUCCAGGACCUUAUAUCUGCUCUGAAUGGGACCUUGGCGGCCUGCCCAGCUGGUUGCUUCAAGACCCUGAAAUGCAACUGAGGACAACCUACAAAGGCUUCACGGAGGCUGUGGAUGCCUACUUUGAUCACCUGAUGCGCGAGGUGGUCCACCUUCAGUACAAGAACGGCGGGCCGAUCAUUGCCUUGCAAGUAGAGAAUGAAUAUGGCUCCUAUGCUGAAGACCCAGGUUACAUGAAAUACAUCAAAAAGGCUCUGUUGAAAAGGAGGAUCAUAGAGCUGUUGAUGACUUCUGACAAUAAGGAUGGACUGGCUUCCGGUUUCGUUCCUGGAGCUCUGGCCACUGUUAACUUUCAGAAGAUGGACCCAGGUGUCCUGCUCUACCUCGACACAAUGCAGGACAACAUGCCAAAGAUGGUGAUGGAAUACUGGACUGGAUGGUUUGAUAGCUGGGGAGGACCUCAUAAUGUCUUUGAUGCAGAUGAAAUGGUGAGAAACGUUGAAAAAGUCAUCAAAGCGGGAGCAUCCAUCAACCUCUACAUGUUCCACGGUGGCACUAACUUUGGCUUCAUGAAUGGUGCUCUGCAUUUUGACCAGUACAAAGCAACCAUCACUAGCUACGACUAUGAUGCUGUGCUGACAGAGUCUGGAGACUACACCUCCAAGUUUUUCAAAUUGCGUGAACUUUUUACUGGCAUUGCAGAUGUGCCUCAUCCUCUACCUCCCAUCAUUUCAAACAAGGCAUCGUAUGGGGCCAUCCUGAUGCAGCAGUAUAUUUCCCUAUGGGAGGUGCUGCCAAGUCUGGUAGAGCCCAUGAAGUCCGAGCAUCCCAUUAACAUGGAGAACCUUCCGGUGAACAACGGCAACGGGCAAGGCUAUGGAUAUACACUGUACGAGACAGUCAUACCUGGCGGAGGACAGCUGGAUUCCCAUAACCAUGUCCGGGACAGAGCACAGGUGUUUGUUAAUACGCUGCAUAUUGGCUACCUUGAUUACACUGAACAGCACUUGCAAAUUCCUAAUGGACAGGGAUACAGGGAACUCCGACUCCUAGUCGAGAACCGUGGACGAGUCAACUAUGGGCGCAAUCUGAACAAUCAGCGGAAAGGCUUAAUUGGCAACAUCUUUCUCAACAAAACCUCCUUGAGGAACUUCAAGAUUUACAGCCUGGAGAUGAAACCCAGCUUCAUAGAAAGUCUCCGUGGGGCCUCCCCUUGGAGUGCCGUCCCUGACAGCGCAAUGGGCCCGGCAUUCUUCCGAGGGACCCUGGAGGUGCAACACAUGCCUCAGGACACUUUCUUGAAGCUUGAGGGCUGGGAAAAGGGCGUUGUCUUUGUCAACGGACAGAACCUCGGUCGCUACUGGAAAAUUGGUCCUCAAGGAACACUCUACCUCCCAGCCACAUGGCUCCAGCAAGGCCACAAUGAGAUCAUUAUUUUUGAAGAGCGUGCAGCUGGGCGGAUCAUCCAGUCCACAGACUUGCCUUUCCUUGGCCGGAGCCAAUAUGUGGGCUGAGCCGGGGUGAGGGGGAGGCUCUCCCUGGCUGCUCCACUCCACCCAACUGGUUCAUUUUGAGCAUUGGUUUGAGGGUGUGCUUUUGAAAUGAAUUUGGGGUGGGGGAGUCCAGGGUCUUCCUCUUCUAGAUCCUUGUGAAAGGUGUUCCCCCCCAUCAUUUCCAGGGUGUGAGUGGAGUUUGGUUGCUGAAUGCUCACCUUGUCAAUGAAUUAAGGAGGCUAACUUUGAAUACUGGAAGUGGGAAGGAAAUCCAAAAUGCCUAGGAAUCCUUUCCUAAGAGGACUUCAACUCUUCUGACUGUUCUCUUGCCUCAGCUGUGACAAAAGAUGCUGAGAAUCUGACACGGAACUGAAUUGUGCAAGGCCUGUCAGGGAUCUACUGGAUUUAAGAAGCUGAUCUCAAAGCAAGUUGAGUCAGACAUCUUCUUGUUCUCUUUGGUGCCGAAGUCUGGAUACACUAGGCUUCUCAGACAAUGGAAGACCUCCUCACUGUGAAGAAAAGGGAAUCUUUCUUCAUUAUUCCCAGUUUGGUCCAGUUUGGUGCCCAGUUUGGUGAUUUGGCUGGGCGGGACUGAAAUUUUAUCAUUUUUGCAUUAAUCUAAGAGUUCAAACCCCGGAAUCUUUAUUGGUACCCAAAGAGCCACUUUAGGUUGUGUCAUUUAAACGCCAACCACUGGUGGGGAGAUCCAUGCGAGCUGUAUGGAAAUGGGAGGUGGGUUUGUAUGUUUGUAGAUGUGCUUCAAGCAGAAAGUGCAUAAAACUCUUGCCAGUGGGAGGUGGCAGAGUGGAAUGCUUAAUGUUAUUGCUGAAUCGGUUCCCACAUCGAGUGUUGCCAUUGAACUGUGAGCCUCCACAGCCCUGCCACAAGUUCCUGCAACCACUGGCAAGUGUAGGGGUGGAGACUUCUUCUUUGCACUUAGCUGCUGGCAUCGCUUUAGGAACACAACACGGUGUCAUUGCCAUGGGGGAGACUCCUUGCAAUGAUGAACGUAACUCAAGCAGCAGUCCUUGCAGAGCCCAAAGAGGAGAGGAGAGGAAAUGGGGGUGGGGAGCCCUUUAGGAAACAGAUGCACCCAAUAAAAUGAAAGGCCACACAUGGAAUCCUGAGGACCAGGGUGGGGAUCCUAUAGUUGUUUGAAUUCUCUGCACAUGGGAUUUGUCUCAACUGUGGCCCUUCCAGAGGCAGCUAUGAGGAACUGAGGAGCCCAUCUACACACCAUGCAGAUCAAGGGUGGUAGAAUUCUGUGUGUGUGCGUUCGUGCGCGCCAUAUUUUUGAAUGCCCUCCUUGCAUGUAGUUAACUAGGAUAGCAGGGAGAAGCUAGCUUAGCCGUUCUCUCUUUACUACAUCACGGAAGUUUAUUGUGUAGGGAAGCAUUCAGAAAUGCUACCACCAGCACCACCCCGGGCACAGCAUGGAGUGGUGCUGUCCAGAAUUCUACUAUCUCCUGCUGCAGGGAUGGGAAAAAGCUGUGACCCGCCUGACAUUGCUGGACUGCAGCUGCCAUCAUCCUUGAUCAUUGGCCAUGCUGACGGCCCGAUGGGAGUUGGAGUCCCAGCAACGUGUGGAAGGCCACAGCUUCCCCCUCCCUGUCAUAUCACACAAGCUGCAGAUGGGCUCUGUCUUCUGCCUAGUCCUCGGGCUCCUCUCCCUACAAGCAGGGGGUGAGAGCCUGUGUUUCCUUGCAAGCAAAAUGCCACUCUAGCUCCUGUCGCCGCCAGUGCAACUGCAGCAGCAUCGAACAGCUGGAGAGCCAGCUUGACAGAGGAAACGCUGCUGCGUUUGUUUCCAAAUGGUUAGUUCAAGAAGGCAAUGCAGGGGAAGAGGCAGCCUGCAUUUUGCAGCUGGAACACCAACUUUCAAUGUUCACUGGCCCCCCUUUUUUAAAAAAAAAUAGGUAAUUGGUAAAGGAAGAGGAAGAAUCUGGAAAGGUGCAAGGGAUCAUCUGCACUCUCUAUCUGAGCUCUGCUUCUCUCUGCCCCGUCCCUUCAGAAUCACCCAGUGGCUUCUCAGUUUCCCUUCCAGGGUUUAUUUACAAACUUUUGCUGUAUUACAAAUGCUUGUGACCCCCAGAAACUUAAUUGUGCCCGUUAGGGGAAUAUUCCCUUCUUCUCCUGCUCAAAUAACAUUUCCAAGUCCUCUCACUGCUAGUCUGCAGCCAUCUGUAUUUUGCAAGCUGCCUCUCUCCGGCCUUUUGUUUAAAGUAAGGAGCAGGGGAGGGAAUUUGGCCCCUGACCUUCCAGCUUCUUCUUAAGAAAAAUGGAAUUUGGCUCCCGAUCUUCCAGCUGCUGCUUGGGUUGGCCAUUUGGAAAGUCAUUCCCAGCCUGGCUCUGCUUCACUUCUUAAGCAUAACCACCCCAGCGACCGCAGGCGUGAGAGAUGUCAAGGGGCUCCUGGCUGUUAAAAACCAUACGUGAUUUUUAUUUAAGAAAUUAAAUACAGUUGAAUUAAAAUUUGAGAACAGACAAGAGUGCAGCUGUAAAAAUAGAACAACAAACGACAAAAACCCUACACACCCUCCAUCUUCAUCUGGUCCAUGUGCUGCAGACUCAAAGCACCAACCACCGCCGACUCAGCCCUCAGAGCCAGCGUGCUCCUAUUGCAUCCAUGACAAAGGCCCUGAGACCGUCUGUCAACAAAGAAUGACUUUGCAAGAAAGAAAAGAAAAAGAAUGGGAGUUUCUUGGGACGCGCGUCCUAUUGAUUGAUUGAUUUUCUCCAUGAUUUGCUGCAAUCUGGCAGGGUUAUUGUUUUCAUAAACAAAACAGGUACAUGCAAAUCGGAGGGGACGGCUGUCGGAAACAACUCUUGCAUUGUAGAAACAGAAAACGUUUAAAACAACAUUAUUAAAUAAAUACCUCUCAAUUUCUCCUCCCCUUUUUAUAAGCUAGGUCUGAGCUGUGUUUUUGAAGGCUGGGGAGGCUCCUGCUCGUCACAGAGGAAAAGCCUGCACGAGAGGGUCUCCUGGAAGCUCAAGUUUUGUUACUAUCACGUUCUGAAUUUUAGUCAAAUAUGUUUUCCUUCCCCUCAAACAACGGGGGGGAAAAAGCAAUGGCAGAGUUUUUCAUAGUUUGAAACAAAAGAGCCUUAUUAGUUUACAGGCUUGUUCGUUACCGUUUUUCUCAGUUGGUUGUUUUGAUAAAUAGUGCCAUAAAUGAAAAAUAAAAUGAAAUAAAAUUGGC